AUAUUUUUACAACUCAAACUCAAACAAGAACAGAUAGAGAGAGAGAGAGAGGCGACAAAAUCAAUCGUCCCUCUUCCGAUAGCCACAGAAAACGAAAAGAAUCAAAACACGAAAUCAGACGAAGAUCUUCUUAAGUGAUUACAUCAAUCAAUUUUGAAACCCUAAUUGUUCAAAUUCAUCUUCUUUCUUCUUCUUCUUCUUCUUCUUCCCUCUUCUUGUCUUUAUCAUUAUCUCACAAAGUUUCGAUUUUUAAUUUUCUUUUCAUGAAAACAUCUCUGUUUUCUUAACUCUCCCGAUUUCAAUUCCGUAAUCUGGGUUUCGUUGUUUCGGAUUCACUUUGAAGAAAAAAUUCAAUCUCGCCUCAAAACCCACAUGGGAUUGGCACUAAACAGUAGACUGACAAGAAGAAGAAGAGUAGUCAUCAUCAUCAUCAUCAUCAUCGACAUCGAGUGUUUAUUACGAUUAUGUCCUUAGCAGAAGAAUCUUUCAACGGUCGAUACACUUUAUGGAUCAAAGAAGCGUUAGACGAGCUUCCUCACAAUUUCACAAUCACCGACCCGUUUCUUUCGGGUCACCCGAUUGUUUUCGCGAGCUUAGGGUUUUUGAAGAUGACCGGGUACUCGAGAGCAGAGGUGAUCGGAAGAAACGGCAAGUUUUUCCAAGGGCCCAAGACUAAUCGAAGAUCGAUCAUGGAGAUACGCGAAGCGAUUCGUGAAGAGAGAUCUGUUCAAGUGAGCUUGUUGAACUAUCGUAAAUCUGGGUCUCCGUUUUGGAUGUUGUUUCAUAUGAUCCCUGUUUUUGGGAGAGAUGAUGGUAAAGUCAUCAAUUUUGUUGCCGUUCAGGUCCCGAUCUCGGGACGUGAUCAUCAUCGGAAGAUGAGAAUUGGGUCGGGUUUGAGUGGAGAUGAUGUGUCGUUGGAUCAUUCUGAAUUGGUGUUUGGUUCUUGUCGAAGAGAGGUUUGUUUUGGUGAUUUCGUGCAGCAUCGAGCUUUACCUGUGGAAUGUGAUGAUGAUGAUGAACAAGGAUUAGAGGAUUGGGAGUACUGUGAAGCGAGUGAGUCUGAGAAGCUAAGAGCUGUGGAAGCAGUUAACACUGUGUUAUCUGUUUUAACACGUUACAGCGAGUUGAGUGGUAGAUUAGUCUGCGGGAAGCGGUACUGCUUGCGAGGAGUAGAUUGUCUAAGCUCGUCGUUAGUUAUUUCUCUUGGUAGAAUCAAACAAAGUUUCGUAUUAACCAAUCCAUGCAUACCCGACAUGCCUAUUAUUUAUGCGAGUGAUGCCUUUUUGACAUUGACUGGCUACAAGAGGCAUGAAGUGUUGGGACAAAACUGUAGAUUUCUGAGUGGAGUUGAUACCGAUUCCUCAGUUCUUUACGAGAUGAAGGAGUGCAUCUUAAAGGGACAAUCAUGCACAGUGCAAAUACUAAAUUACAGCAACAGAAAAGAUAAGAGCACAUUUUGGAAUCUUCUUCACAUCUCACCAGUUCGUAAUGCUUCAGGCAAGACAGCAUAUUUUGUAGGCGUUCAGGUCGAAGCAAGUUGCAGAGAUACUGAAAGUAAAGAGCUGAGACCGGAGACAAAGCAACUGAGUGUGGUCGGUGCUGUAAGAGUAGCGGUUAGGAGCUCAUUCAUGGUGACAUGCUAAUAUAAGCCCAGAAAGAUGAAAAUACCUAGGAAGUAGAAAAAGAGUAUGAACUGAAUUGGUCAUAUAUAUGUUAUAUGUAUAAUCGUUGUACAUGAAAUAAAAUCUUCAUUUUGAGUCCUAAAAUAGUCUAUAGAAAUUUCCAAAACAAAAAGAUGGUAAUAGACGUGAGUAUACCAGUCUACUCUA